UUACACACUCACUCUCCGAACUCUCUGGGACGAAUCGGGUGUAGUACCUGAGCCGUGCUAACGAAAAAUGGAACAGAUUUCUGUCUGAAGGUCUGGAUUUUCCAAUUGUGAUUCAAAAUGCAACAUUUCGGGCUUCUGGUCGUGUUGUUUUUGGGCGUGAUCCCCUCAUCUUCCAGCCGACGACGAUCGGUCGAAGACGUGGCUCGAAAACAACUGGAUACUCUCAUUCAAACCGAGGACUACUUGGUUGUGUUUUGGUAUGGAAAAAAUUGCAAAACUUGCGACAGGACGCUCUCUUUGCUUGAGUCCAAAUUCACGGAAUUGGAAGAAGCUGGUGUUGAGGUGACCAAGAUGAAUGACAAGAAAACGGCCAAACUCUACGGUGUGGUCACCUUUCCUGGGCUAACAUUCUUUAAAGCCGGCAAAGCGGUCCCAUUUGAGGGUGAUCUCAGCAAUGGAGAGGCCAUUCUUGAUUUCCUGAUCAGUCAAGAGUCUUUGGACAUUCCGGAUCGAAUUGAGCAAGUCAAUGCCAAACAAUUGGAGAAACUCAUCGAAUGGAAAGACUUCAUUGCCAUCUUUUUCUACAAUGGCCAAGACGAGAGUUCGGAAGCAUUGAGACACUUGGAAAACAUCGAUUCCAAAGCCGACAAAAUGGGGAUUGCUUUUGUCAAAAUCAACGAUUUGGAAUUGGUGGAUGAAUAUGGUUUGCCAGGCCUACCCUCAUUGGUUUACUACCGACGUCAGGCACCCAUAUUAUACGAAGGAGAUCUGGCACAAGAAACCGAGAUCUUGGAAUGGCUCAUUCACACUCGAACAACUGGAGACGACGAAGACGUCAUUGAAGAGGUCUCAUCCACGGAAUUGGAGACUCUAAUAUCGUCCGUCGAGAAUUUAGCCGUUCUUUAUUAUGACGACGAAUCCAGGAAAGCAGAUUUGUUACUAGAGAGCCUGGAAAAAAUCGAUGAUGAGUGCGACCAGAAGGAUAUCCAAUUCGUCAAGAUAAGCCAGGACAAGGCCGGAGAAAAAUACGGCAUCACUCAACUACCCAAAUUAGUUUUCUUUAAAAGCGAUCUGCCGAACAUUUUCGAAGGCAAUCUGAUUGAUGAAAACGAGGUGUUGGAUUGGCUUUUGGGUCAGGUGCAUUCGGACUCCAUUGAAGAGAUCACGGGGACCAUGCUGGAUCGACUGAUUCAAGAGUCGCGCCAUCUGGUGGUGCUCUUCUAUGAUCGGGACGAGGCGGAAUCCAUAAACUUGAUCGAUAUUCUCGAGACUGUUGAUGACGAGUUGGACAAACAAGACAUCUUGAUGGUCAAGCUCAGCGAUCACCGAGAAGCCAAGGAAUGGGGCAUAGAUGACACGCCCGCCAUUGUGUACUUUGAAAAUGGAAUCCCAUUUCUGUUUGAAGGAGGUCUGACCUCGGCGGAAGUAAUUCUCGAGUGGUUCUUGGACCAGAUUAAAGGUGACCAAAUUGAGAAGGUGACGGACGAGAUGUUGGCCAAAAUGAUAGACGGCCAACAGUCUACUGUGGGGGCCAUUUUCUCGAGCCAUAAUGAUGUGGGUGUGCUAUUUUAUGAUCAUAAUGGUAUGGAAUCUGCUCAGAUUCUGGCCGCAUUGGAGAACAUUGAUGAUGACUGCGACAAAUACGGGAUACCCUUGGUCAAAAUCGAUGAUCCAGAGUACGCCAAGGCCAAUGGCAUAGACAAGAUCCCAUCCUUAUACUUUGAAAAUGGAUUGCCCAACGUUUUCGAGGGAAAUCUUGCCAACGAUGACGAAGUCCUUGGAUGGUUGCUUCACCAAAUGCAGGAUGAUAUCGAAGAAGUCACAGAUGAGAUGCUCCAGGUUCUCAUCAAACGACACGAACAUCUCGCGGUAGUAGUUUACGAUCCGGACGAUAGGAGAAGUGACAAAGUUCUCACUGGCUUGGAGAAUAUUGAUGACGAUCUCGACAAGGGUGAUGUAACUUUGGUCAAGUUAUCCAACGACAACGAUCUUACCUUCUUGGGGGAACUUCCGGAUCUUCCGGCCAUUGUGUUCUUUGAGAGUGAAGUUCCUACAGUUUUUUCUGGAGAUGAAGGAAAGGAAUCUGCAGUUUUAACUUGGCUGAUAGAUGUAGCUCACGAUGAAGAAGAAUACGGCGAUGGAUAUUCCGUCAACGAUGCACCACUGGAUCAGGACAAAAAGUCUGCUAAAAGACAAGCAAAUCGGAAAAUCAAGACUAAAACAGUUUUACCCCAACCGGAACCAACAGCAACACCAAAACCAAAGGCAAAAACCUCACCAAAAAGCAGCCUCAGAAUACAAAAUCUGAGGCACCAACGAAGCCUGGACCAAGCCGAAUGUUACAUCUACGAGGAAUUGGACAAAGUGUCGACCAAAAUUAUUGCUGGAUUGGAGAAUGUGGAAACCCGACUGAAGGGCAAACCGAUUCGGUUCCUAGAAGUUGAUGUGAAUGAUGUUCCUGAGAUCUCCAUUUCAUCCGUUCCUUCGUUGGUAUUCUUUAAAAACGGAGAGCCCUUCAUUUAUGAAGAUAAUUUGAUGAACGAGGAGAGUAUAUUGAUGUGGGCUCAAGGCGAGUACCAGACCAACGAGGAUGUCAUUGAAGAUGUAUCAACGGAGGCUGUCCACAAAUUGAUUGAGAGUAAUCCGUAUGUAUUGGUCUAUGUGUACAAGGCCAAAUGCGAGAAAUGCGUGGAAGCAACCAACAACUUGGAAGGGAUUGACGACGACACCGACGCGGUUGGCGUGAAGUUUGUCAAAACAGAUGAUGCAACAUUCAUCAAGGAAUUUGGCAUUGUCAAUUUCCCCGCCAUCGUCUAUUUCGAAAGCGGAAACCCCAGCCUCUAUGAAGGCGAUCCCACGGAACAAGCUGAACUUCUGACCUGGCUGCUCUACCAAUUGAAGGAGGAUACGAUAGAAAACAUUAAUAGAGAUUUACUGUUUCGAUUGAUGACAGAAAACGAAUUCUUAGGCGUGUUCUUCUACUCUAAUAAUGAAGAAUCAUUGAAAAUGUUACGUCAUCUGGAGCUCAUUGACGACGAGGCCUCGGAGUUCGGCGUUCGCUUGGCCAAGAUUGACGAUCCGCUGAUGGCCAAAAAAUACGGACAUCGCAACCCACCUGGAUUGGGCUAUUUUAGGCAUGCAAAUUACAUCAAAUAUGACGGGGAUCUAUUUGACGGUGAGGAGAUCCUGGAUUGGCUCACGGAUCCCAAUAUUAUGGAAGUGAGCGAUACGAUCGAAAUGGUCAACACCAAAAUGUUCGAGAAGCUCAAGUCCAGAAAUGAGCACUUGGCCGUGGUUUUUUAUGCGGAACACGAUUGUAUGCAAUGCGAGAUGGUCCUUCAGGAAUUGGAGAAAAUUGACGACGAGGCCGAGGCUUCAGGCAUUCCCAUUGUCAAGCUAGAGGACCGAGCUUUAGCCAAAUCCGUCGGUGUUUUUGCUUUACCCUCGAUUGUGAUCUUUCGGAAUUUCGGCGAUGAUGCGGUGAUUUACGCGGGUGACCUCAAAAAUGAAGAGGCCGUUUUAGAAUGGCUCAUAGUUCAACGAGAUCCCACUAAUGAAGCAAUCGAGGAGAAACAAGGCCAAACCUUGAGGAAGAUCAUUAUGAAGACCGAGUCUGUGGGGGUCUUUAUUUAUAGCCAAGAGAAUUGCAAGACCUGUCUGAGUGUCUUACAAUCCCUAGAAAACAUCGACGAUGACUGUGCCCGACACAACAUCAAGCUCAUCAAGACGACCGACGAGGAAUUCGCCAAUGAAGUCGGAAUCACAGAGUUCCCAGGACUGGUUUUCUUCUACAACAGUGUCCCCAAUAUUUAUGAAGGAGAUCUCCUGGCUGAAGAGGAAGUGCUGGAUUGGUUGGUCGAGAUGAGAUCUGAGAGUCAUAUCGAGCUCAUCACUCGACCAAUGCUGGAGAUGAUGGUGGGAAAUGUCCAAUACUUGGUCGUCUUCUUUGUGAAGCAGAAUUGUCGAACAUGUGAUCAAGUUUUGACCGAGCUCGAGAAAAUAGAUGACGAGUGUGAUGCUUUUGGGAUUCAGAUGGUCAAACUUCAAGAUCCGCAAUUGGCCAAACGUUACGGAAUCAAGACAUUUCCGUCGUUAGUUUACUUCAGAAACGGCAACCCUCUCACUUAUGAAGGUGACCUCAAGAACGAGGAAUCUGUCUUGGAUUGGCUCAUUGACGAUGAAAAUCGAGAACUUGAGGACGAGAUCGAAGCAGUGAACAUUCGCAUGCUGGAGAAACUCCUGGAUUCCUCACCAUUUUUAGCCGUCUUCUUUUAUGAUGAAGAUUGCAUCGAGUGUGAUGCCCUUCUAGAAGCUCUCGAACAUAUCGACGAUGAAGCCGACAUGUUUGGCGUGGAUUUUGUCAAGACAGACGAGCCGAAAGCGGCCAAGCGAUAUCAUAUCUACCGAACACCAGCCUUGGUCUAUUUCCGAAAGCGACUCCCCGUGAUCUAUGAUGGCGAUUUGAUGGACCCGGACAAGGUUCUGGAAUGGCUCACCUCCCAAGAUGUCUUUGAGAUCAAGGAUGAGAUUGAAGAAGUCAAUCGAAGGAUGCUGGAGAAGCUUCUGGACGAGAACGACUUUGUGGCCGUCUACUUCUAUGAUGAGAAGUGCCCAAGUUGCCAUCGAGUGAGCGAAGGUUUGGAGAAGAUUGACCAAGAUGCCGACGCCUUGGACAUCACAUUCGUCAAAAUUAACGACCAUCGUUAUGCCAAGAAAUACGGCGUAAACAAAUUACCCGCCCUGGUCUAUUUUAGGAGGAAAUUUCCAAGUAUUUACAGAGAUGACCUGUUUAACGAACAAGAAGUGUUGGCCUGGUUGAAGAAGAACAGGUUCAAACAUAUGGAGUUGGAUCUCUUCAUGUACAGCAUUUUGGCCUUGGCCUCCUCAUUCAUCCUCUACACGGCCUUCCUCAUCUUUGGCUUCAAACCGAAAGAAACCGACAAGAAAUUAGAGGACGACGAACUCAACAAGUGAUCUUGCCAACUCUCAAUCUGUAAUAAAAUACCAUCUAUUUUGAGGGACCGUCACUGGCUGUGAGAAUGGCAACCUUCACUUCCUUGUUGUUGAAUGAUGAUUCCUUUUUGAUAUCGUAACACGAGUCUUGUUCCAAUAAAUAUUCAGAACCAA